AGUCACAGAGAAAGGCUGUGCUUCUCUGGUCUCAGCUCUGAGGUCAAACCCCUCACACCUGAGAGAGCUGGACCUGAGCUACAAUCACCCAGGAGACUCAGGAGUCAGACUGCUCUCUGCUGGACUGGAGGAUCCACACUGCAGACUGGAGAAACUCAAUGUGGAACAUGGUGGAGAGAACAGAAUGAAACCUGGACUUAGAAAAUAUGUCUGUGAUCUCACACUGGACCCAAAAACAGUAGACAGACGCCUCUCUCUGUCUGAGGAGAACAGAAAGGUGACAAGGAGGACAGAGGAGCAGCCGUAUCCUGAUCACCCAGAGAGAUUUGAGGACUGUGGACAGGUGCUGUGUAGAGAGGGUCUGACUGGGCGCUGUUACUGGGAGGUAGAGUGGAGUGGGAGAAGGGCUGUUAUAGGAGUGACAUAUAAAGGAAUCAACAGGAGAGGAGGGGGUGAUGACUGUUGUCUUGGAUGGAAUGACAAGUCCUGGAGUCUGUUCUGCUAUGACAACAGUUACAUUGCCUGGCACAAUAAUAAUCCCACUACCAUAGACGUCCCCUCCUCCAGCCCCCACAGAGUAGGAGUGUAUCUGGACUGGCCAGCCGGCACUCUGUCCUUCUAUAGAGCCUCCUCUGACACACUGACCCACCUGAUCACAUUCACCUCCACUUUCACUGAGCCCCUCUAUCCAGGGUUUGGGGUUGAUUACAACUCCUCAGUGUCCCUGUGUCAGUGAUACACACACUGGACACAGACUGGAUUCACACACACACACAGGACUCACACACACACACA